AUGCUGGAUCACAAAGUCAAACCUCAAUCGAAGGAAUUCGUACUGGAAAACUCCCCUGCUUCGACGAUACCGAAUGGCGGAUUCACUGCAUGGCUACAGGUCUUGUCUGGCUUCAUGUGCUUUAUGUCAGCGUGGGGUUUUGUGAAUGCAUUUGGUGUAUUCCAGGACUUUUACAGCAGUGCCCUCAUACCAGAUGUGAGUAACUCGGACAUUUCCUGGAUCGGAUCAAUCCAAGCUUUUCUGCUUUGCAGUGCGACUGUGUUUGCCGGACCCGUCUACGACUACGGCCACCCUCGGUUCUUGAUCAUUCUUGGCACCAUCCUUGUAGUCUUCGGUAUGAUGAUGACAAGUUUAUGCUCCGAGUACUGGCAGCUCAUGUUAGCUCAAGGCAUUUGCGUUGGGCUCGGAGCUGGAUGCCUCUUCCUACCUUCGAUCGCGAUCGUUCCUUCCUAUUUCACCACCAAGAAGGCCUUUGCUAUGGGCAUUGCGGCGUCAGGUAGCAGUCUCGGUGGUGUAAUUUACCCAAUUGUCUUCCAUCGUCUCGAGCCUCAAAUCGGAUUUGAAUGGGCUACUCGUGUCCUUGGAUUCAUUGCUUUUGGAACACUGCUGGUUCCAUGUUCCUGCAUCAAGGCUCGCACUUUUCCCAAGACACGCAGAAAGCUGCUUGAUUUCGCGGCGUUCAAAGAGCCCGCUUAUGCCCUGUUCAACCUGGCCAGCUUCGUUGGCUUCACAGGGCUAUAUAUUCCCUUCUUUUACAUCUCGGCAUACGCUAGCGAAAAGUCGGGCUUGGACGAAACACUUUCCUUCUACCUGUUACCCAUCAUGAGCGCUGGAUCGAUUGCUGGUCGGAUUGUGCCCGGCCUUGUUGCUGACAGAGUUGGUGCCUUGAACGUACUUGGCUUUUGCACGCUGUGUGCAAGUACGCUUGGAUUCUGCUGGAUAGCCAUACACCACGCGGCUGGUGGUCUGAUCAUUUGGGCUUUGCUCUACGGUGCACUGUCGGGUGCCUUUGUCAGUCUGCAGCCCACCACCAUUGCCUCAAUAACCAAAGACCUCGGCACCGUUGGUGGCAGGAUGGGAAUGAAUACAUUCUGUGCAUCCUUUGGCAUUCUCAUUGGAACGCCGAUCGCGGGUCUCCUCGUGGAGAGCGGUAAUUGGGUGGGCAUGCAAGUGUUUGCUGGCGCCACUCUUCUGGGCGGCGCACUCCUAGUAAUGGCGACUAGAAUUGCAGUCACUGGUCUCAGCGUUUCUGUCAAGGCCUGA